AAAGCAAAUAUUCCUUUCCCCGAUAAUUAAUCCAAUAAGGCGGCAAAAAUCCCCAAUUCAAUGACGGCGACUCUCCCCAUUUCCCCUUUUGCCCCUCUCUACCGCCUUCCCCUUUCGCUGAAACCCUAAAUUCCCUCGUGCCCUCUCAGAUUUCGUCACUCCAUACGUCAUUCAAUUUCUGCGCUAUUCAUUGAAUGCGGUCCAUUUCAUAGGGUUGGAAUAGCGUAGCUGUCUUCGCCGGGGAGGGGGGGUAAUGGAAGAGCCCGGGCAGCUCAAGCGGGCCUUUAUUGAUGGCACGGCGGGUUUAAUCGCCGGUGGGAUUUCCCGGACUGUUACUUCGCCGCUUGACGUUAUCAAGAUUCGAUUCCAGGUUCAAUUGGAGCCUACAUCUUCAUGGGCUUUGGUUCAUCGGAAUUUGUCUGGGCCGUCAAAAUAUACCGGGAUGUUUCAAGCCACAAGGGAUAUUUUUAAAGAGGAAGGCUUACCGGGUUUUUGGCGAGGCAAUGUUCCAGCUCUACUUAUGGUUAUGCCGUAUACCGCAAUACAGUUUACUGUACUACACAAGUUGAAGACAUUUGCCGCUGGUUCUUCCAAGACAGAGGAUCAUGUUCAUUUAAGUCCUUACUUGUCCUACAUCAGUGGGGCAUUAGCAGGUUGUGCGGCUACUGUCGGAUCAUACCCGUUUGAUCUUCUAAGAACCUUGCUAGCUUCACAGGGGGAACCUAAGGUGUAUCCAACUAUGAGGUCUGCAUUUGUCGAUAUAGUUAAAACUCGUGGAUUUCGAGGAUUGUAUGCUGGAUUGUCACCAACACUGGUUGAGAUUGUUCCUUAUGCAGGCUUGCAAUUUGGUACCUAUGACACAUUUAAGCGCUGGACCAUGAUGUUGAACCAGUUUAGAUCGUCUAGUGCAGACUUAUACAGUACAGAUAAUAGUCUCACAAGCUUUCAGCUUUUCCUCUGUGGUCUGGCUGCUGGGACAUGUGCCAAACUUGUCUGUCAUCCACUUGAUGUGGUCAAGAAAAGAUUCCAGAUUGAAGGACUACAGAGGCACCCAAGAUAUGGGGCUCGAGUAGAGCACCGUGCCUACAGCAAUAUGGUUGAUGCUUUGCGACGAAUAGUGCAGAAAGAAGGCUGGGCUGGUCUUUAUAAGGGAAUAGUCCCAUCAACGGUCAAAGCUGCUCCUGCUGGUGCAGUGACAUUUGUGGCUUAUGAAUAUACAUCCGACUGGUUAGAGUCCAGAAUAACUUGAAUCUAACCAUUCCCUACUUGCAAAAAUUAAUUUUUGGAUCAUGUGAUUCUUUUGUCAUCGGAAACGUUACAAGACCCUCUCGUUGAAGGAAAGGAAGGGGGCACAUUGUUUAGUCACACCUACAGGCUUUAAGGUUGUAAGCAGAUAGCAGAGUGGUUGAGAUGUAAACCAUAAAUUUUUGUAGCAACAUUUGGACUCAUAAUUUAAACUUUACUCCCCAGAAAGAACUGGUUACUACA